UGGCAUCACUUCCGUUUCCCCUCAGCCAGUUUCAAAGCUUCUAUUAUUAUCUGGAAAAAUGUUCCUUUUGUUUAGAUUUCUUGGAAAUAUUUGGGUUGUUGUGUAAUAUGUCUAAAAGUGGCAUUAGACAACUGGAAAGACUCCCAGUUCCUCCCCAGAUUACCAUCAAAUCUCAUUUUUGUUGAAGCAAAAAAAAACUAAAAACCUUAAAAAAAAAACCUAAGCUAACAUAACCAAUUAAAAACAAACAAGCAAAAAAAAAAAACCAACCCUGUGGUCUGACAUUAUACGAUGCAAGCCUCAACACCUGUUCAACCUCGUCGUAGUUCAACAAGGUCGAUAAAACGGAAAAAAUUUGACGACGAGCUUGUGGAGAGUAGCCUUGUAAAGUCUGACCGGGGCCGUUUCAAGACUCUUCCUGUUAUUGAAAAACCUGAACCGAACCCUCCAAUUGAUACUGUGGUCCCACAACUGCCCGAGAAGAAGAAAGUCACACUACCUCCACCUGAGAAAAAGAAGACAACAAAAACAGCAGCCAAAAGGAAACAGAAGCAGAAGGAUGUUACACCAACACCAGUUACAGCUUCCACCAAGGAUUUAGGACGAUGGAAACCACAAGAUGACUUAGCUUUGAUUACCGCUGUCCAACAGACCAACGAUUUACCUUCUGUUCACGUCGGUAUUAAAUUUUCCUGUAAAUUCAAUUUGAAAGAAAUUCAAGAAAGGUGGUACGCUCUUCUUUACGACCCAAUUAUUUCAAAAUUAGCUGUAACGGCAAUGAAACAACUUCAUCCAGAUGUAAUUGCUAACAUUCAGUCAAAGACACUAUUUAGUAAAGGAGAAGAGACUCUUUUAGGCAAAGUAACCUCGACGAGUCAACCAACUUUAGAGAUUUUUCAGGACCUACUUAGUAAAUACCGAGAUGUAUUUCACUCUUCUCGGAUCGCAAAAGGUUUACAGAAUCAUUGGGUUUUGAUGAAACAGUAUCACUUAUUACCAGAUCAAUCAGUUCAGCCUAUGCCACGAGGAGACCACGUUUUAAAUUUCUCUGACGUCGAAGAUAUGAUGGAUGAUGAUGCUCUACAGGACCCAAGAGAUGAAGUGCUGGAGCAUGAACUGGAUAUUGCUGAUCGGCGGAAUAAAAGAGAAGUUCGGCACCUUGAACAGGAACUCCCCAAGUGGCAGGUUUUAGUAGACAGUGUCACAGGUGUAAGCCCUCCAGACUUUGAUAACCAGACACUUGCUGUGCUACGAGGACGAUUAGUUCGUUAUUUAAUGAGGUCAAAAGAGAUUACACUGGGCCGUGCUACAAAGGACAAUCAUAUUGAUGUGAACUUAUCAUUAGAAGGACCAGCUUGGAAGAUCUCGCGGCUACAGGGCAUCAUCAAACUCCGACACAACGGAGACUUUUUUAUAGCUAAUGAGGGCAAGAGACCUAUUUAUGUUGACAGUAAGCCAGUACCAACUGGUAGUAAACAGAAACUAAACAACAAUGCUGUAGUAGAGAUAUCGUGUUUGCGGUUCAUUUUUCUAAUUAACCAAGACCUUGUGAAUGUAAUUCGUGCUGAGGCGCAGAAAAUGGCUGGCCCCCACGGGACGUGACAGCGGCUCAAUAUUCAGCACAAAAAACACAUGAAAGCAAUGUCAAACUAGACACAAGAUGGCCACAGCGAUAUAUCAUCCACAUGGACAUUCUCAUAGCCACAUCCUCCGGCCAGCUUUUCCAAUCAUAGACAUACCUGCAUACAGACACAUGUCUGUGUGUGGGAUAAAACAAGAUAUAUCUACAUAUAAACAUGCAUAUAUAGAAAUACAUCAUACAAAUAUAGAAUGUGUAUGUGUAUAUAAAUAUAUGUGUGUAUGUGAGUAUAUAUGCGUGUGUGUUGUGUUG